CAUUCAUGGAGCGCCGGGAAUCAUCGAUCCCUCUUCCUCUUCUUUCUCCGUUUCUCCGAUUUCUUUCUGAAAUUAGAGGCUAUGAUGACCAAAAUCUACCUAUUUUAUGAGAGGGCUAAUCUCCUCUCUGAUUAAGGUACAUUCCAAUGGAUCCUUCUGAGCCUCCGCCGCUUUCUUGAUCUGCUAUUUGUGCCCGCCGGUAAGCCUCGGCCCUUAUUCUUACUUCAUUUCUCCGUCCUGUUUCCGAUAUCAGAGGCUGUGAUGCCCAAAAUCUACCUAUUUUAUGAGAGGGCUAAUCUCCUCUCUGAUUAAGGUACAUUCCAAUGGAUCCUUCUGAGCCUUCUCUACUUUCUUAUUUUUCUCCGAUUUGAUCAAGAUAGAUCUGUGCUACUGGCCGUUGGCGUGAUGAUCCCUUUCUAGGAAUGCAACACAUGUCGAAUAAAUAAAUCAGACUACAAUUAUCUGAUCAACGGCGACAUCGAUUUUGUUUCCGAUCGCGUCUUUUGUUGCUUCGAAUCGCACUUGUUUUCUUGUUUCGUUUUCGGUUUCUUUUCUCUAAGACAACAAUGCAAGUCUGUGAAAUCGAGUAGUACCUGUGCACGAUAAGCCGAUGCUCCGGACUCCUAAGGGAAGAAGGAAGGUAGCAUGGUAGGGUGCACAGAGAGGAAAGAACGGGUCAUCAUGUCUGCUCUCGUUGACGCCUUCGGGCAUUGAUCCUGCGGGCCUGGAUUCGACCCACAAUCAAUCCCAUUCUUGUUUCUUCUCUGUUCUCUUUCCUUCUGCUUCUCCUUGUAUUUUUUUUGCCAUUCGAUGCAGUUUGCUUCGUAUCAUAUAUCAGACGGCGUAAUGGAAUUGUGAUACGUAGUGGUAAUUUUCUAUUUUUCUUGAUGCUUGGGCUUUAAAAGUAGUUUUUCUAUCGCUUAUAAAAAGAUUUAUUAUGAUGUUUUACUUAUUUCUGCUCUUAUAAAUUUGCCAUUCAUAUGCCUUUUGGGAAUAUAUAUAUAUAUAUAUAUAUAUAUAUAUUCUCAUUCAUUCAUUCUUUGUCUAACCCAAUCCAACGGCAGCGAGAGCAUGAUUCUGUUCCAACCACUACAAUCAUGCACCUAACAACUAAACCCGCACGUCUUGAACUGGUUCUUCACCUCCUCCGUUAUAUAAUGAAACCAAAAGUGAACCAGUAAUCAUGCUGGACAUCCAUGGAGGAAUCGGGCAAGAAGCACUUCAUCCUCGUGCAUGGGAUCUGCCAAGGCGCAUGGUGCUGGUACAAGCUCAUUACCCUUCUCAGGGCAGCCGGCCAUUUCGUCAUCGCCGUCGACCUCGGCGCCACCGGGGUGGACCCACAGAGGCUCGACGAGCUCAGCUCCAUGGACGACUACGCCCGCCCGCUGUUCCACGCCAUCGCCUCCCUUCCGGCUCACCAGAAGCUGGUCCUCGUCGGCCACAGCUUCGGCGGAGCCAGUGUCUCCCUUGCGAUGGAGAAGUUCCCCGACAAGAUCUCCGUCGCCGUCUUCGUCACCGCCGUCAUGCCGAGCACCACCGUUGCCAUGGCUGCCCUCACGGACGAGUUCUUCAAGGGGCAUCCAGCUGAAGCCUACCUGGAUUCGAAGGUCUCGAUCAGCUCAGAUCCCCAGAACCCUUCGAGCAGGAUAGAGUUCGGCCCCGAGUACAUGUCGAACAGACUGUACCAGCUCAGCCCAGCUGAGGACCUGACGCUGGGGACGUUGCUCGUGAGGCCAGGGAGUUGGUUUUUGGGCGAUCUGCUACGCGAUGGAAUUGUCACGGAGGAGAAGUACGGGUCGGUGAGAAGGGUGUUCAUCGUGUGCAAGGAGGACUUGGCCAUGGCCGAGGGCUACCAGCGUUGGAUGAUAGAAGCCAGCCCGGGGGCGGAAGUGGAGGAGAUCGAAGGUGCCGAUCAUAUGGUGAUGCUCUCCAAGCCGGCGGAUCUGUGCAAACUCCUCCUCGAGAUUGCCGCAAGAUAUUGAUGUCAAAGGCACAUACGUGUCGGUCGAGCUAUGUAGUUUCUGGAACAUGAACGAUAAAUAAAAUACAAUAAAUAUUUGCCAUCUAAAAACCAUGUUAGAAAUGAAUAAACUAAUUUACA